CCGGUGUACGAGUAAGAUUACCGCAUCGAGAUGUUGACGCAAAAAGUGUUUCUACGCAAGACGAAACGAGGGAAUAUCCUCAAGAUAGUCCGAGAACACUAUCUGCGCGAAGACAUCGGCUGCGGAUCGGUUGCUUGUGGUCGCUGUGACAGUGAGAGCACGAGACCUCUUCAGAAAGACUUCGAGAGUGCGAGUAAAGUCGUCGAGCAUGCUCAUUACAUUGUUCCAGACACAAAUAUCGUACUGCAUCAGAUUGACGUGCUUAAGGAUGAGGCUUUCCGGAACGUCAUUGUCCCUCAAACAGUGAUCCAAGAACUCCGGCAUAGACAUGCGCCGGCCUACAACUCGAUUCGAGAGAUGCUCGCAAUUGAGGAAAGACACUUCUACUGCUUCGUCAAUGAGCACCACAAAGACACAUAUGUGGAGCGACUUCCGGGCGAGUCCGCCAACGAUCGCAAUGAUCGAGCGAUCCGUCGGGUGGUCGGCUAUCUACAGUCACAUCUCGCUGAGCAAGGGCUAUCAAUUGAAGUAGUUCUGUUGACAAACGACAGAGAGUGUCUGAAUUCAGCGAAGAAAGAAGGCUUGACCGCCUUCUCGUUGAAGGAGUACGUCGGAGGGAUGGGCAAACCGGAAUUGCUCGAUAAAAUUUCAAUCGAUGCUGAUGGCUCAUCCGAGGGAGACCCCGUCACGAACAAGAAGAAGUUCAUGUACCCUGAGCACUUGACGCCGAUCGCUCUCCAAGCUGGGAUCAAGAGCGGACGGUUGCGGUCAGGGAAAUUCAUGGCCUCCAGGGACAACUACCUCGAAGGUUUCGUUUGCUUAGGCGACAAUGAGGACGAAUCCGAUAGGGUUCUCAUCCAGGGAUUGAUGAAUCUCAACAGGGCCGUACAAGAUGACACUGUUGUCGUUGAGAUACUUCCAGAGAGCGAAUGGGUCUGUCCUUCGUCUGUCGUCCUCGAAGACGAGCCGGAAGAGGACGACAAGGUCGACGAAGAGGACGAUGAUGGAGACGAAGUUGAAAGGGAGAAAAAAGUGGAGAAGGCGCUCAAGGAAAGCAAAACCGAAAAGGGCGUGGAGAAGAUGCCGACGGGGAAGAUUGUUGGGAUCCUGAAACGCAAAUGGAGACCGUAUUGCGGCAUCCUAGCCCCGAGCGCUAUCAAAGAAGCCACCAAACACCUAUUUGUAGCAGCCGAGAGGAAAAUCCCCAAGAUCCGCAUUGAGACUCGUCAAGCUGCUGCUCUCACCGGAAAACGGAUCGUGGUUGCCAUCGAUAGUUGGCCCCGACACUCGCGAUACCCACUGGGACAUUAUGUUCGUACGUUGGGUGAUAUCGGAGAUCGUAAGGUCGAGAAUCAAGUUCUACUUCUCGAGCACGACAUACCUCAUCAGCCCUUCUCCCAGGCAGUUCUGAACUGCCUGCCGAAGAUGCCCUGGCUGAUAACUCCCCUGGAUGAAUCGAAACGUCAGGACUUCCGAUCUGUUCCAACAUGCUCAGUCGAUCCUCCAGGCUGCACAGAUAUCGAUGACGCUCUCCAUGCACGCUCGUUACCGAACGGGAACUUCGAGAUUGGGGUCCACAUCGCCGAUGUUUCCCAUUUCAUCAGACCACAUACCGCUCUGGAUCGAGAGGCUGCAACUCGAGGAACAACUGUUUAUCUCGUCGAUCAGCGUAUCGAUAUGAUCCCCGACCUGCUGAGCUCCAACUUGUGCUCUCUGAUUUCGGACGUCGAUAGAUUCGCCUUCUCUGCCGUCUUCGAGAUGACCGAAGACGCCAAGGUUGUCGGGGCUAAAUACUGUAAGAGUAUAAUACGCAGCAAGAACUCUUUCACGUACGCCGAAGCCCAGGCUCGAAUCGACGAUAAGGCAAGAAAAGACGAAGUUACAGAAGGGCUUCGUGUGUUGAAUUCAUUGGCCAAGAAAAUGAAACUCAAGAGAAUGGAGAACGGAGCUCUCAACCUUGCAUCGUCCGAGGUCCGCUUCCAAGUGGAUUCGGAGACUCACGACCCAAUCGAUGUCAAGACGAAAGAACUCUUAGAAGUAAAUUCGAUGGUGGAGGAGUUCAUGUUGCUCGCGAACAAAUCGGUGGCUGAAUUCAUUUAUAACGAGUUGUCGCAUUGCGCACUGCUGCGUCGGCAUCCCGUGCCGCCCGUUGGUAAUUUCGACCCUCUGGUGAGAGCGGCUGCGACCCGAGGUUUCGACAUCCAGGUCGACUGCGGGAAGCAUCUCGCGGACUCGCUCGAUCGUGCUUCGAUCGACACAGAUCCGUUCUUCAACACAAUGCUUCGGAUGGUGGCGACGCGGUGCAUGUCGCAAGCGAUCUACUUCUGCUCAGGGACGAUUGCGAAAGAAGAUUUCUUGCAUUAUGGACUCGCCCUGCCGUUCUACACACAUUUCACAUCCCCCAUCCGGAGGUACUCGGAUCUCAUCGUGCAUCGGUUGCUGGCGGUCGCCAUCGGGGCCGACGCGACGUAUCCUGAAUUGUUGGAUAAAGUCCGCGUCCAGAAUCUCUGUAAUAAUUUGAACUACAGACACAAGAUGGCUCAGUAUGCCGGCCGAGCAUCUGUCACACUCUACACGCAAAUCUAUUUCCGGGACAAAAAUGUCUUGGAGGACGGCUAUAUCUUGUUUGUGCGUGAGAACGCUCUGCAGGUACUGCUGCCCAAAUACGGUAUGGAGUGUACGCUUUACGUUAAGGAUAAGCCCGGGGGCCAGCAGAGGAUCAAGGUGCCGUUCACUUACGACGCAGAGAAAUGCACGCAAACCGCGGGGGAUGUAACGUUGCGGCAGUUUGAACGCAUAACAGUCCGGGUGUCGCUGGAUCGAACGAACAUUCAACAUCAGAAGCUCGUCGUUGAGCUGGUCAGACCUCACAUUCCGGGCUUCAGUGUCGAUAUCGAGAAACCGAUGGAAGUGGACGAACCGCGGAACGACGGAGAACCGGAGAAGAAGAAAACUCGAGCCGUGUAGAAGAAAUAAUUCAUUUCGCUCAAUGACUGUUAAUGAUUUCCGUGAUGCGCGGAAGAUUCGCACCGGUCAUCUUUAUCCAACGAACGAUGAGAGUUGAUAAAGAACAGCAA